AUGGACGACUUCCUGCACGAAACACUUGGUGCGUUUGGAUUAGAGAGUAGUGUUCCAGUCUUGAAGACUAGUUUCGAAUUGGAUCCAUCUAAAGAAGUUAAAGAAUCAUGUGAACUGGCUCUUAAUCGAAUUAGGGAGCUACCAAACGCGAAGCCUGAUGAAUUAAGACGUUUUAAUUUGUUGGAAGCGGCUCCAUUGCUCUUUUGCCCUGUGCCAGAAUUAAGGGAAGUUCUACUGAAUGAAGACAAUAGCCGAUAUGAGCGUUGCUCUGCACUUUUUUCACUUCGACUGUAUUUUCUUCAUCCUACCCCUUGUACUGAGGAAGCAAUCUCGGCUAUUAUUGAAUCCCUUUAUGCAGAAAGCGCAGUUCUACAGUACCAUGCACGUUUUCAUUUUAUGCUUUAA